UGCUCCCUUCGUGCUUCACUGCGCUGUCCUCUCCCCUCCGCCGCGAGCACCAUGAGCAGCGGCCAGCCGGCAGCCUUCGCCCGCACACGCUCCCCCCGCCGCCGCAGCGCACGAUGAGCAACGACGUGCCCACGCCCAUCUCGGACGAGGAGGUGGUGGCCCUCGCCAAAGCCGCCUUCGAGCAGUCCCGCGAGGACAUCACGCACCGCGCCGUCGCCGACACGCCCAAUGCCCCGCGCGAGCUGCAGCAGCAGCAGCCCGGCAUCACCAUCGACCUGGGCCACAAGAGCAUUGCCCGCCUGCCCGACGAGGUCAUCGAUGUCAUCCGCGCCGAGAUCGAGAGGCUUGCCCUCUCCCACAAUCUGCUCGCGACGCUGCCGCAGCGCCUGGUGGAAUGCAGGCGCCUCCGCUACCUCAAUGUGCGCUACAAUGCCAUGCGCGAGAUCCCCGAUUGCAUCCUCGACAUGACCUCGCUCGAGAUCCUCGACGUCAGCAGAAACAAGCUCAGAACCAUCCCGCCGAAAAUUGCAAACCUGACUUCGCUCAAAGUGCUGGCAAUCGCCAAGAACAAGAUUGAACAGCUCCCCGUCUGCUUGGGCGAGAUCAACAGCCUGCAGGUGCUCAAGCUCGACGGCAACCAGCUGGUAUUCCCCCCGCCAGAGAUCUGCACCAUCCGGAACAAUGCUCCCUCGCCGGCGAACGAGAAUGAGCGGGAUGCUGUCAUUGCUACCCAGGUCAAGCGCUUCAUGCGGCAACAUGCAUCCAAGGAGAAGCAGCGCGCCGAGCUAGAACGACUGCGGGUCGAGUCUUCCGGCGAUGAGAGCUGGACCGAGAGCAACCCCGAGACUCCACGCCCGUCGAAGCGCUUGAAUGGCGGCAGGUUCCCCGUAAAACCUAGCAUCAGCAACAUAGAAGGCUUCCCAGAAGGCCGGCCCGAUUCCCCCGGCGCACCGCCCGCGAUCCCCCCUCGCUCCCACUUUCGCGUCGCCUCCCAGACCAACGGACUCUCCCGUCGACCUCAGAUCUCGCCCCUGAUAUUGACCAACGGUGCCAAUGAGAGGAAUCGGAGCCAAAGCGAGGGAGCUGGCUCGGCCAGCCAUCGGCAGAAGCGCAUGGGAAUCUACACAAACAAGACUUCGGAGCUGGGGUCGGUGGACGAGUUGAAGAGGACAAGCCACUUUCGUGGAUUCAGUCAGGGCUAUGUCGUGCCCAGUAAUAACGUCGCUAAUGGCUAUUCAGGCCCGGCGACCGCUGUCGGCUACGGCGACACUGGCACCGUACGAUCGCUCGCGAACCGUCCCCUAUCAGAUGUCCGCGAGCACAAACGCGGAUCACGCGCCCCAGACAUCGUCGUUGAAGCCUCGAAGAACUUCCUCUACGCCGUCUCUCAGCUACACGAUUGCGUUUCGCACAUGAUGCGCUCAAUCAAAAGGAGUGGCCCGACAAAGGACGGCCUUCGCCGAAAGGAGGACUUCUACCGCCGAUACUCUACCACGUAUCUGAACAUCCGUGCCCUAAACGAGGUUCUCCACCGGUAUGAUAUGCUCGCCGAGGAGGACGAAGAGGAUGCGGAUAAACUUUCCAAAUCGGUAUAUCAGUACGCCCUGCGGUGUCUUGACUCUUUCCUGGCUGUCAGCCUAUCAAUCGCAGAGAAUCGGGUAGAGAUAUCCCAAAACUCGGACCCACGCAUUGUCCGGACGUUUCUCUUCCUACAGCAAGGCAGCCUUGUAGAGAUGAGGAACGCGUGUUCUAUUCUUGGUGCGGAAUUCCGGGACACGACAAUGGCUUCCCGGAGGCCAAGCGGCAUCGAUACAGUCGCUACGGUUCGGGCACGGCCGUUUAAGAUCCGACGAUUCCAGACAUCGCCGCCUCAGCGCAAUGGGACAUAUCAGAUUCCGCCGCCUGUCAUCCUUCACAGCAACGACAAUAGUAGAACAAACACCUUGACGAGCAUCAUCGCUGCCACACCUCGCUCCGGCGAAUCGUUCUCCACUUUAGCAACGACUAUGUCGCGGACGAACACGCUCACAAGUAGCUUCGACGAGGCGGAUGAGGAUGCUCAGUUCGACAGGAUAUACUCAAAGCUGAGGAUGGCAUGCGAUAAUUGCCGAAACUCCAUCCCCCAGAUUCUACGGCUCCUCAAAAACACAUACGACCUGUUGAGGAGGGACCUGGAUUCAGAGCAUCCGAGACUCAAGGUCCUAGGAGGCUUGAUUGAGAAGAGCAACGAGGUACAGGAGAUGACCAUGCCAUUGGCCAGCCGCCUCUCGCAGAUGCAAUUGAAGGACAGCUAUACCCGAAGCCAGCCCGACUUCUGGCAGCAGUGCAUGGGUUUCAUAAAGGCGUGGGGCGAACUAGCAGCGGCCAGCACGGGACAGGGUCGAAACAUGGGACUCUUGAGCCCCGAGGUAAAACAAUUGAUGAAGCCGCUCCACAAAACGGUCAAGGAUGCAAGCCUUGCCAUAAACGACUCGCCCUGGUCGCAUCUCACGUCGAAUAACCCCGGUCUUGUGGGUCCGCCCUCGCUUGCCUCCUUCACGUCUCGGACUCAGCCGCCGAAGUUUCUCAACAAGCCUGUUAUGACUUCCGGCGGUGGGUCGUCUUUCCCCGGUCCGAUCAAUACGUCCAUCACUUCAGUCUCCUCGGCUUUCUCUCAACCGUACUCCACGAGCAGUCUCGGGUCUCAGGGCUCCGCUGGAUACGUGACGCCGGUGCCAGCGACGCCGCUGAGCGCAGCCCUAGGUGCCGCUGCGCAGGCAACAGUUCCCAACACUCCGAAUCAUCCGCCUGUUCAACCGUCGAGCACCAUCAACGUCUUCGAACGAGCGGACAGGCUCCUAAGUCAGACCGCCCGGCGCGUUUGACAUUCAGUUCAUCAAGAUAUGAAUCUUACCAGGGUCCGUUGACGAAACCCAUUCUGUACUAUAUACUACUGGGCUUGAAUAGCCUGUCCGUUCCUUCUUGAAAUAUGCAACAUAUUAGCGACGGCGUUGGCUAGGUGCACUCUCUUUUGCGCUAUAAUCUGUUUUUCUUUGGCGAUGCAUGGGCCAAGGUGUUACGAUGUAUUUGGGAUAAACGGUCUCGAAAUCGGGGCAUUUAUGGAGUUAUCCGAUGGUCAGCAGAGGCAUGUUUAAUUGCGAUGAUAGAUGAGG